CAAGCAGGGGUGUUGGAGCUACAUGGUCCUUCAGAAGCAGGAUUGGACACUCAUAAUGUCACGCAUGAUGCACUCCGGCUGAAUGACUCUUCUCACCUGUAUCCUCUGAAACACUCCGGAUUAUUAAAGCGAGCCGGUUUGAAACCCACAAAUCAUUCAAGAUGAGCGAACAGCUCAAAUUUAUCGUCGAACAGCUGAACAGGGAGCCUUUUAAGAAAAGCUUCAAUCUCAUUACAUUCGACUCUCUGGAGCCAAUUCAGUUGCUGCAGACUUUAAAUGAUGUUCUGGCUGAAAUUGAUCCGAAGCAAGCCAUUGAUAUACGUGAGGAAAUGCCGGAGCAGAUGGCUAAGAGAAUGUUUACUCUUCUGGGGAUGCUGAAAUACAAACCUUCUGGAGGAAUGGCUGAAGUAAGCAGUUUUCGGCAGGGUUUAGUGAUAGGCAGUAAGCCUGUGGUGCACCCCAUCUUGCACUGGCUGUUGCAGAGGAUUCCAGAGCUGAAGAAGAGAGCGUACCUGGCCAGAUUCCUCGUCAAACUGGAGAUUCCUGCUGAGUUUCUUCAAGAUGAUAUCAUUGCUGAGACCUACCACCAGUAUGAGGAGCUGGUAGAGGGAUUUAAGAACAUCCACAAAGAGUGCGAACAGCUGAAGAGCUCGGGUUUCUCCACUGCUGAGAUUCGACGGGACAUUGUUGCAAUGGAAGAGGAGAAGGAUCAACUCAUAAAACGUGUGGAGCGGCUUAAAAAGAGGGUGGAGGCAGUGUCAAACCACCAACGCAUGCUGGAAUUGGCCAGACAGCUAAGAGUGGAAAAAGAAAGAGAAGAGUCUCUAGCUCAUCAGAAACAAGAGCAGAAAAACCAGCUCUUCCAGGCAGAGCAGAGACUGCAGCGAUGUCAGAUCCAGCUCAAAGACUUGCAGCAAGCAGCCGCAGAUGAAAAGCCAGAAAGCCUCAUGAAGAGACUUGAGGAGGACAUCAAGUUUAACUCCUACAUGGUGUCUGAGAAGCUGCCCAGAGAGCUGGAGAACAUGAGAAAGGUGGUGCAGUAUUUACAGAAGGUGGCGUCUGAGCCUGCUAUGGGCCAAGCAGAACUGAGGGAGCUAGAGGACAAGAUCAAAGAAACCAACACAGUGAUCAACCAUCUGAUUGAGAAGAGGAUGAUGCGUAACGACCCAAUGGAUGAUAAACUCUCUUUGUUCAGACAGCAGGCUGCUAUUAUAGUUCGUAAGAAGGAGACCAAAGUAGAGGAGUUGCAGGAGGCCCGUGAAGAGUUGGCGGCUGUGGAGAGAGAACUGAACAUGAAGAGCAGUCAGGCACGAGAGCAGGGCGGAGCGGAGCUGAUCCGUGGAGAUGAGUUUAAGCGAUAUGUGGCCAAGAUGCGUGGCAAGAGCAGCACUUACAAGAAGAAACGUCAGGAGAUCGCUGAGCUGAAGGCUGAGUACGGUGUUCUACAGAGGACUGAAGAGAUCCUGAGAGAGCGACACACAGUUGGACAACAGCAGCUGCAAUCUCUGGAGGCUCAGCGGGGGAUCUCGGGCUACAGCGAUACGCAGGAAGAGCUGGAGAGAGUCUCCGCUAUCAAGAGCGAGCUGGACGAGAUGAAGGGACGAACGCUGGACGACAUGUCUGAAAUGGUAAAGAAGCUGAAUUCAGUGAUAGCACAGAAGAAGACUGCUCUGUCUCCUCUGAUAAAGGACCUGAGAGCACUGAGACAGGAACACACGGAGCUCGCUCCAGAGUACGAGCAAAAGAAGGCUCAGUAUGACACCUGUUCUGCAGGACUGGAGAGCAACAGGUCCAAGCUGGAACAGGAAGUGAGGAUGCUCAGGGAAGAGACGGCACAAGAAGAAAGCCGAUAUCAUCAUAUUAACUGCAUGAGAGAGAUUGUUGAGAGUCAAAUGCAGAGGGCGGCAGAUCAGAGUAAGAUCAAUCAGUCAAUGGACCUGCAGGUGCGGAGGACUGCUCUCAGAGAGAAGUACAUUGCAAACAUGGGAGAGCAGGAGUCCUUGGGCAAGGUUUUACGUCAGCAGGUGAAGCAGGUGCGAGAGAACCAGGAACCCAAUAUGAGACAGAUGAAGAUGUGGAAGGACCUGGAGACGCUGCUGGAGUGCAAGAAGCAGUGCUACCUCAAGGCUCAGAGCCAGGCGCCUAUCGGGCACGUCAUCCAGGAUGUUGGCAAGGAUAUGCUGGUUCUGUGAUGAUAUUUUCCUCAUAAAAGUUGUCUUUCUGGUCAUUAAUGUAUUACUUGUAUACAUUAUUGUAUAUGCACAGUCGUAUGUGUAUUCAUUUGUAUGUGAAAUUAAAUUUUGAUGAACACUUUUUUACCCUCAGACCAUCCAAGAAGUAGAUGAGUUUAUUAAUUCGUCAUCCAAACAGAUAAUUAUUAACAGAAAAUUAGCAUUACAUCAUUUGCUCACAAACAAAAAAGUUGAAUUUCUUACAAACAGGCAUCUUUUUGCUUCACAAGACGUUAAUUGAUGGACUGGAGUCGUGUGGAUUGCUUGUCAGCUGUUUGGACUCUCAUUCUGACAGCACCCAUUCACUGCAGAUCCAUUGGUGGGCAAGAUAAAUUUAUCCAAAUCUAUUUUAAUGAAGAAACAAACUCAUCUACAUCGUUUUUGAGAGAACUAUUCCUCUAAAACUGUAUAUUAGUAUAUAUAAAUGCAUUCCGAAAUGAAAAGGCUCAUAUCCUAAAGGUCGUCUGGAUAAGAGGGUUCAAAACCCUCUGACACACUAACAUCCAGCAAGUCACAAGUCUCGGUUUUGACACAUCUUUAAGAACAGAGCUCCAGUCUAUGUGUCCAAAGAUAACACCCUACAAAGUGCUACACUUUGGAUACGUCCGCGCUCCAGGUUAUUUUGGGAAACAACAGCCAUGACCUUGGGUAGAAGAGCUGUCCAAUUUAGGAAUUCAGUUGGAUCUCCUUUUGUUGCUCAGUCAGGGUAGUGCUACAGUAGUAAACGGACUUGUCCAAUCAUCAUUCGUGAGUAGCUUAUUUACCAAAUGUUCAUUUUCUUCUACUGUCCUUUUCCACUGUAUGGACAAGUGAGAAGACUGCUAGGCUAUUUUUUGAAAAGUUAGGGAAAAAAAAAGUAUCAUAGUCAUAUAAAUUGUAAAUUAAAGAUUUAUACAGUUAUUUUUUAACAUUCUAAUGUAGAUUAUUCCGCAUUACACAUCCUGUAUAUAGAUCCUGCAGCUACAGGUGCCAUUCUGGUGAUACUUUUUAGAAUAUCCAGUAAACUUUCUCUCUUUCUUUCUCUGUUUGGUGCAUCCAUCCAGAAUGUCAUUGUUUGGAUGAGAAUCAAUAUCAGCGCAGCAUACCCCUACGCAUAUAUAAAUGGAUCUUUUCUAUAAAAAUGGAUAGGCUAGAGCUCCAGGGUGGUAAUUCAUUCAUUUAUUCAUAUAUUAAUAUAAUAAUAAUAUGCAUAGGUCACCCUGAGUAGGUGUAAGCACUGCAUCCUGACGUACUGUUGCGUAGCAGUGUGUCUGCAGCAUAGCAGACAUCUGGCAGCUUAAAUACUGAGUCAGUCACAUUCUAAAUGGCCUCAUCAUAAUCACAAUUAGAUUUUCUUUUAUCAACAAAUAGAAUAGAACAGCUAAAGUUUUACACUCCAAAAGGAUGUAUGAGGAAAGGAAAAGAAUAUAUCUUUUAAAUUCUUUCUUUCUAUCUUUUAUUAUCUUUUAAAAUUUGUUUAGAAUAAAUUUGAGAAGUUUGUAAAAAUGUAAUAUUUGUAUCCAUGCUGAUUUUAUUUUUUACCAUUUACUACUUACGAUUAAAAAGUAUUAAAAUGCUUUAGUUUAAACUUAAAUAUGUAAGUAAACAAUAAUUAUUUUAAAGGUUAAAAAAGUCAUGUUUUCUAAUAACCUUGACAAAAAACAUUUAAAAAGUGUAAAUAAGUAAUAAAAAAAUCUGUGCUAUUUUAAUGACACUAUUUUA